AUUGGAAGCAGAGGUGGGUAGGGAAGCAGAAAGAAGUGACUGAAUAGAUGUGCUUUUGAGGCAGCAAGAGGAAAAAGCUGAGCCUGAUGGCAGCUCCCAGUCACUUGCUGUGCAUUUGUGUGUAUAGAACAUCAAGUCAGAGCCCCAAGCAGAGCUGCCCGAAGCUCAGAGUGCCAUCAUGGCAGUGGAGAGGAGGAAGAAGGAAGACAUGAGAAGAAUUCAAGAGGAGAUUCAUCUCCAUCAGCACAGGGGCAAUCAACAAAAACAUGUAAGUGAAAGAGUGGCAGCCACUCCACCCAUGAAACAGCGUGUUUAUUCUUGGUUACAGACCAUCAAGGAAGAUGUGCAGGCGGAGCUGCAGGAAUCUGAGGAUAGGAACAAGGAAAGGGUGAGGAGGCUGGAGGAAGAAAUGAAAAUCAUCAGAGAGAAACUUAACCGCCUCCCUUGGGCUCUACAAAAGCAAGUGACAAAAGUAACAGCCAUCUCUCCCCUGGCUCCCUCUGCUCCUGGAGAAGACGCCAAAAAGGAGCAAAAUGAGCAGGAUAACCACAUGCGCCCAGCCGUGGUCACAGCCCAGCCUGAUCAUCCCAAGAGAGUGACGAAAGGAACAGCCGUCUCUCCCAUGGCUCCCUCUGCUCCCGGAGAAGAAGGCAAAGAGAAGCAAAGGGAGCGAGAGAAGCAGAAGCAGCCCUCUGUUUUGACAGCCCAGGCUGCUCCUUGCAAGAGAAACAUUUACAAACAGAUGCCGGCAGAGCUGCAGGAAACUGAGGCUAGGAACAGGGCAAGGAAGAAGAGGCCAGAAGAAAUUCUUGAAAUCAUCAUAAAGAAAUUUAAACUCCUCCUUCAGGAGAAAAUGGCUCUAGAUGCGAAAGUGCAUGUGUUGACAUCCUACCUGGAAGCCUUUGAAGAGUUCCAGCAAAUGACAGGAGACCAAGAGACCCAAGACUGGAGUGAGGCCCAGGAACCAAACCAACCAGAGAUGCUGCAGGAUAAGCACAUCCCCAGGAUGGUGCAGGAAAAGACAAAUCAAGACCGGGAGAUCUGCAGUGGCCUUCUCACUGAAGCAGCUGCUUCAGCAGCAGCAGCAGCAGCACCAUCCCAAGGAGCCUUUGCUCUCCAGCUGGAGAAGUGGAGCUGGGGCACUUGGUUCACCUCCUGCGCUGACCCAGCUGCCGCUCAGCAACAGCGGAUCGAGGAUGACUCCCUGCAGCAAUGGAGGAGAAUGGUGAAGAUGGAAAAUCCCAUGAUGAAAUACACUAAUCUGGAAUAUAUUGGCAGUGGGACUUUUGGAGAUGUUUGUAAAGCACUCGACACUGCCACAGGAGGAGAGGUGGCCAUAAAGAAAAUAAAUCUUCAAGAACUGAUCAGAAGGGAAGUAACCUUUAAGGAACUCAUGGUCAUGAAAAUUAAUAAGCACCUAAACGUUUUGAAUUAUUUAAAGAGUGCAUGCCAGGAAGACUAG